AUGGCCUCCAACACCGACGCCGCCUUCGUCGAGGACACCGACAUCGAGCAGCAGCUGAGGGCGCGCGCCCAUGGCUCCAAGACGCCCAAGACACCGGGCCCCGACAGCGACGACGAGGACGCGCCGCUGCUGGGUGCCUCGCCGGCUGCCAGCGGGCACGAGCAAUGGGCUGGCGAUGCCGACUUUCGCGGCCUUCCCUGGUGGAAGCGCCCUUCGAUAUUCUGGCUCCUGCCUCCCUUCCUGCUCUUCACCAUCGCGUUUGGCGGCAUCAUCGUGCCCAAGAUCAACCUGAUCAUGGACCUCGUCUGCGAGGAGUACUACGCGACCCUCGAGACCGACCCCAUAUCCUCUCCCAUGGACCCGGGCCAGGACCGAUGCCAGAACGACGCCGUGUCCUCGCGCUCCUCCCUCUUCCUCCUGUACGCCAGCUUGUGCUCCGGCAUACUCUCCGCCAUCAUCAGCCCAAAGAUUGGCGCCCUCUCGGAUCGGUACGGGCGCAAGAAGUUCAUGAUAGCCAACACCUGCGGCGCCCUCUUUGGCGAGGUCCUCACAAUCCUGGCCGCCAAAUUCCCCGACACGGUGCACGUCAACUGGAUACUCGUUGGCUACUGCUUGGAGGGCGUAUCGGGAUCCUUCAUCGUCGGCAUGGCAUGCGCCCACUCAUAUGCCUCCGACUGCGUUGCACCACAGAAGCGGAACGUCGCCUUUUCCUACUUCCACGCUUGCUUGUUUGGCGGCAUCGCCAUCGGACCCGCGCUGGCAGGCUACAUCAUCAAUGCGCGCCAGAAGUACGUUGGCAAGACCGAAGCCGUUUUGCUCAUCUUCUACAUGGCCCUUGGUGCCCACUUGAUCUUCAUUGCAUUCCUUGCCUUCCUUGUCCCCGAAUCACUCAGCAAAGCACGCCAGGAAGCCGCACGUGAGAAGCGCAGAGAGGAAGUGGAACGACAGGGUCCCGCCGGCGACUUCAUCAACCAGCUACGCUCUAUCAACCUGUUUGGCCCGCUGAAGAUUCUCUGGCCGACUGGACCUGGCACCUCGUCGGCUUUGCGCUGGAACCUGCUUCUGUUGGCCGCUACCGAUACCAUCAUGUUUGGUGUCGCAAUGGGUGCCAUGAGCGUUGUCCUCGUCUACACGCGCCGCCAAUUUGAUUGGCAUGAGCUAGAAAGCGGCCGCUUCACCACUAUCGUGAACAGCUCGCGUGUUUUUGCUCUUCUAGUCAUUCUGCCGAUUCUGACCCGCAUCUUCCGCGGGAAGAAUGGGGCUGCCCGCAUGCGCAGUUCAGGUUCUGACCUAUUCGACCUUUCCAUUAUCCGUGCAGCCAUCUUCUUCGACAUGGCUGGCUUCCUCGGAUAUGCCCUUGUCCGCAAAGGCGAGCUCUUCGCACUCUCUGGCGCUAUUGCUGCCAUUGGCGGUAUCGGUUCGCCCACUCUUGGCGCUGCAUUGACCAAACAUGUGCCGCAAGAUCAGGUCGGUCAACUGUUAGGUGCCACGGGCUUACUUCAUGCUGUUGCACGUGUCAUGGGGCCCACCAUCUUCAACGGUAUCUACAGUGCCACUGUCGGCGCGUACAGACAAACCGUUUUCGUAUGUCUUGCAGCGACUUUCGGGACUGCGUUCCUGUGCAGUUGGUUCAUUCGUCCACAUGUAUAUACAGACGGAGAUGACAAACGCGUUACACGAUCAGAUGAACAAGAAGCAUAG